UAAAGGAUUUUUUACGAUGGAUUUCUCAUGGACCUGUGCAAUGCGUGCUCAGCAGAGCCUGCUGUAGCCUGAGAAUUGACGAAGUCAAGACAAUCAAGAUGACAAACGAACCUAUUAAAGAGAUCCUGGGUGCUCCAAAGCAUCCUGGUUCUGUAACCGUGGAGAAGAGUAAUAACAAUGACUGUGUGAUAACCACCAUCCCUCUUGUCAGUGAAUGCCAGCUGACUGCAGCAACAGGGGGAGCAGAACUCUCCUGUUAUCGCUGUACCAUUCCCUUCGGUGUGGUUAUCCUCAUAGCCGGCAUUGUGGUUACUGCUGUGGCGUACAGCUUCAAUUCCCAUGGAUCAAUCAUCUCAGUGUUUGGAUUAGUCCUCUUGUCAUCAGGACUCCUUUUGCUGGCUUCUAGUGCAGUGUGCUGGAAAAUCAGGCAGCAAAACAAGAAAGCAAAGAGGCGGGAGAGCCAGACAGCACUUGUGGCAAAUCAGCGAACCUUGUUUGGUUAAAGACAACCAAGAGAAGGCUGGACAGAAGACAGAACCUUUGUAAGUCAACUUGACUAUUUAUCAAUACGAGAGAAUGCAGUUUUUAAUUUAACUUUGGAAAUGAACUGAAAUGAAAAUGGAAUGGAUUGAGAAAUAUGCUUUAAAACUCUGCAAGUGCUCUUAAUAUUUUUCUUACUGCAGACUUGGUAGUGAUUCUUUCCAAGACGGAGGAAAAAACAGUUUUCCUUCACAGAAAAGUGUCGUCAUAACUGCAAUCAUCAUAACUGCAUUCUCCAACAUGCUGAUUGUGUUGGAAAGUGAACUUGUGAGAACUAAGAAAAUAAUUUGAACUGACUUGAAAUGCCAGAGAUCUCCUUAAGAUACACACUGUGACAUUUGACCAAGGGAGAAGUCAUAGCAUUUGAAGUGACUACAAUCUUACGGCCAGAUUGUCUGUGACUUAAAUUG